AUGGCAUGCGUUGAUCCCUUCCUCCAAUUCGACGACCAGAGCUUUGCUCUAGGGCUUCAGCUCGAAGAGAUCGAAGCUCAACCAUUGGAUUACUUCGAGGCCGAGCUCAAGAAGGCCCAUUUUUCUAGUCGAGGACCUGAAGUUCGCUUCAUCGAAGAAGCGGCUCCAUCAAAUCAUGCAUCCUCCAGAAGCAGCAUUAUCCGUAUUGAUAUCGACCACCUUGUUGAAGCGGCUUUCGCUAUUAGAGGCAAAAGCGAUGCGUUUAACUUGAUGCGUUGGCGCGAACAGCCAAGUCACAUAAAGACUGAUGGAUACCUGCUUUCGGGGUCGUGUACUGAUAGACUCGCAAUAGAUAGUAGAUUUGAGAAGUGUACAGUCAGCUUCGAAAUUGGCUUCUUCUUUGUAAACUCUUUCUUUCAAUUGAGCCACGGCGCCAAGCAGCACUAG